AUGCCAAAGCUCUCCUUAUACUUCUUUCCUCUACUAUCCUUCUACCUCAUUCUUCUAGCUUCUACUAGUGUAACUAGUGUCGAUUUUCCCAACACCGAUUUCAUAAAAACCGCAUGUAAAUCCACUCGAUACCAACAACUUUGCUUUCAAUCCCUUUCUAGCUAUGCCAGCUCCAUCAAACAAGACGAGAAACAACUAACUCAAGUGGCCCUAACCGUGAGCCUAGAUAAUGCUAAGUCAUUGUCCACAUUCGUGUCAAACAUGGUCAAGACCUCGGGCCUCAAGCGCAAGGAGUAUCAAGCAUUGAAGGAUUGUGUUGAUAACCUCGAGGAUGCAGUCAACCAACUUACUCAGUCCAUUGAGGAGAUGGGCCGAGCCACAACCAAUGACUUUGCUUGGCGCAUGGGCAACGUUCAAACGUGGGUGAGCACUGCUCUCACUAACGAGAACAUUUGUGCUAAUGGGUUUUCGGGUGGAACCAUGGGUGGGAAUGUGAAGGUUGGAGUAACGAAAAGAGUGCUUGAUUUGUCGAGGGUGACUAGCAAUGCGCUCGCUCUGGUUUAUAGGUUUGUGGACAAACACAAAGGACAUAUGCCAUAA